AUGCUGCUCCCAUUUCUUCUUAUGUUGCUUGCACAGAUCGAUAUUCCAAUAGUUAAUAUAUUCUACGAAGUCGCAAUAAGCAAGGGUAUGCCCAUCUCCGUUCUUGUUGCAUAUCGAUUUAUCUUCGCCACAAACUCACUAGCUCCUCUCGUCAUCUGGGGUCCUCUUUAUCAGAAUUUGUACUUAGAGAGCUUGCGUUUUACGUCUGCAACUUUUACCACAGUUAUUGUCAACCUUACUCCUGUUGUUACAUUCAUCCUUGCAAUAAAAUUCGGGUUUGAGACCUUAGAACUUAGAACAUUAGCUGGGAAAUUAAAAAUAAUUUGGAUCAUAUUGAGCCCAGUAGGUGUUGCGCUCCUCACUUUCUGUCACCUUAUGGAGAUCAACAUUGGGUCGGUCAAAUUUAACCUGCUCUCCCAUAUCAUACAUGAGACAGAAGAGAAUCACAAUUUGGUGUUGGGAUUAGGUCUAGCUGUAAUGGCCACUCUGUCUAAUGCAGUAUCCUUGAUACUUCAGAAGAAGAUUGAGGAUGAUCGAGAGAGCAUUAUUGAGGAUGAUAGAGAAAGCAUUUUACUAAUCCCCUCUUUGAUCAAUGUAAUGGGUGCAAUUCAGGCUACUAUAUAUGCCCUAUGUGUGGAGAAGGAUUGGGCCCAGUGGAAGCUAGGAUGGGAUAUCAAACUUUGGGCUGCACUUUUUGUGGGAGUCAUCGGGUCUGGGCUGAAUACAACAAUCAUCACUUUUUGCGUUUCUAAAAUGGGCCCAGUAUUUGUUUCUGCAUGUAGUCCGAUGGGCCUCAUAGUAAUGGUAGUAUUUGGAUCCUCGCUGCUGAACGAGAAGCUUUAUUUGACAAGAGAAAUGCCCGUCAACGCCAAUGCCAAUGUUGAUGGCAUCGAACUCAGAGAAAUGCCCGUCAAUGCCAAUGCCGAUGCCGAUGCCGAUACCGAUGCCGAUGCCGAUGCCGAUGCCAAGUGUUAG